CUUAUAAUUACAUAAUUUGCUUAAAGCAUUUUAUCCUUUUGAACCCCCAGCCACCCAAAGUACAUUCAGCAAACACAUUUCGACUGUCAUCUGUUUUUCGCAUAAUAAUAUAUCUUUACAUAAUCACGGAACUGUAAAUCGACUCCUAAAAAACAUGGAACUCUUCAAGUAAAGUCUCGUAGUUGAGUGGAUUGACAUGAAACAUUUGACCACUAUCUUGUUAGGCUUGCAGUUGUUGUCUGAUGAACACUUGAUCGACACUUUGUCUUUUAUAUCCGAUUAUUACUUCACUAAUGUUUUUUUUUCUUUUUUUUUCACUAUUUAUUUAGAUAAAGACAACAUCUUUACAGCUUGUUCUUUCGCCUGAUUUUUCACUAUUUUGUGAACUAUUAUGAGCGCUUUUGCAAUAACAAUCAACGCGAGCAGAGCCAAAAUCAGGUUAAGUUUGAACUCGUGUGCCUCGUGUUGUUCAGUGUGUAUGUUUUGGGUCUGAACGAUGGUGAUGUCGUUAUUGCCCUUAACGUUUGUUUCCGGUUUUGAGUUAUCGUGACGCAUAGCUUAUGUGUGUUAUGCCAAAAUAAAUAUACACACUGUUGGGUGCGUACGUGCAGGGUACUCACGCGCCCUCUCUGCGAGAUGUUUUCUCUCGUCGGUUGAUGGGCACGAGUGUCCUAGCGAGAGACUCGUCCCGAUCCGCGAUCCCGAUUCUUACUCGUUACACGAUCGGGAUGCGAGCGGCAGUCGGGAUACAGCUAGCAACGAAUGUGGUGUGGUGUCAGUAACAAGGCGGAAAUAAAUUAAGUUUAUUUAUCUAAUCUAAUUUACGUUGUGUCGUAAACACUUAUUCGGCCACAUAUCACACGGCAACAUAAAAGUGGCGACGAGGACAAUUUACUUUAACGUGUGUUCAGUUUAACGUGUGCAAGUGUAUCAAACAUAGGACCACCGUGUCGCAAGCGUCGUAAGAUGGAGCAAGCCGACGCAAACCAGAUGGAUAUUUUUGCGGACGUUGACCCACGCCGAUUAUCCCAAAAUCGUGCCAGCGUACCAGGCAUGUCUAUGCCAAAUUUCGCGCAUCGAGAAGGAGCAUCAGUAGUACCGCCGAUGAUAAUCCAGCCGCCAUCGCAGCCUACGUCGACGCCAUCGCAGUCUACGUCGACGCCAUCGCUAAACAAUGCGUCACCAGCCAUCAUUAGCAGCGCGGAUAGUGCAACGAUGCUGCAAAUGAUGAAUUUGCUUCAACAGCAAAUGACACAGCAGCAGCAGCUGCUUAAAGAUUUUCUUCACGCGCGCAUGCCGAGCCAAUGCGCCCCACCCACCACCUUGCAGCCUGAACAAAUAAUUGAUACUCUGUCUCACCACAUUUCAGAGUUUCAAUACAACAAGGAGACUGGUAUAACCUUCAAAAGCUGGUUUUCACGCUAUCUCGACCUGUUCCAGAAGGACGCGGCAAGGAUCGACGACGCAGCCAAAGUGCGAUUGUUGCUGCGCAAACUGGGACCAUCCGAGCACGAUCGCUACUUAAGCUUCAUCAUGCCGAGCCGCCCGCCGGAUUUUUCACUCGAGCAGACUGUGGAAAAACUUACAUGCCUGUUCGACACCCAAGAAUCGCUGCUGAGCAAGCGGUUCAAAUGCUUGCAGAUCAUGAAGACGCGGACCGAGGAUCAUCUCAGCUAUGCGUGUCGAAUUAACAAGGCGUGUGUCGAGUUCGAGCUGAAGAAGUUGAACGAGGAAGAGUUCAAGUGUUUGCUGUACGUGUGCGGGUUGAAAGACGAGAUCGACGCAGACAUCAGGACGCGACUGCUAGCCCGCAUUGAGGAUAAGGCCUGCGUGACCUUGCAACAGCUUUCUUCAGAGUGCCAUCGGUUAAUCAACCUGAAAAAGGAUAGCGCAAUGAUCGAGGCACCGGUACCAGAGCGUGUUCUAGCAGUAAACACAAAAAUGCAUCGCGCACCACGUCAGUUCCAACCCAAGCGCGACAAUCCUACUACCCCGUGUUGGUCGUGCGGAGGACUGCAUUGGAGCCGCGAUUGCCCGUACAAGCAACACCGAUGCACAACUUGUUCCCGGACGGGCCACAAAGAAGGCUAUUGCAACACCAUAAGAUCCCGUAAGCCCGGCAAACGCCCCUGGAAGCAGCGUAAAACACAAUUAAGGAUGGUGACAGUGAACGUCCAGAGUGUACAGCAACGGCGCAGAUUCGUGUCACUUACGAUGAAUGGUACACCGGUUCGUAUGCAGUUGGACACGGCUUCCGACAUUACUGUGAUAGAUCACACAACGUGGAAGCUCAUUGGCAGUCCCCAGUUAGCAGCACCAUCCGUAAUCGCUAGAACCGCCUCAGGUGCUAACCUAUCCCUGGAAGGAGAGUUCCCGUGCACUGUCGAAGUGAAUGGACAGGCAAAGCAAACCGUGAUUCGCGUCUCUAAAUCGCGUUUGUUACUUUUAGGUGCUGAUGUUAUCGACGCGUUUGCUCUAUGGUCGGUUCCGAUGGACAGUUUUUGCUGCCACGUUACAGGUACGUCUACCACGCCGAAGCAAUGGCAAGAACGGUUCCCAACAGUCUUUCAAGGAAUAGGCCUAUGUAAAAAGGCAGGGGUUACCUUGACGCUGAAAGACAACUGCCGUCCAGUCUUUCGUCCAAAAAGACCCGUUGCAUACGCUAUGCAAGAGCCUGUAAAUCUAGAGCUUGAUAGGCUAGAAAAGUUGGGUAUAAUAACACCUGUAAAGUUUUCUGAAUGGGCAGCACCGGUAGUAGUGGUUAAGAAGGCAAACGGGAAAAUUCGGCUAUGUGGCGAUUAUUCCACUGGGUUGAACGAAGCGCUAAGACCACAUGAUUACCCGUUACCACUUCCAGAGGACAUAUUUUCAAGGCUGUCCAACUGCACCAUGUUCAGCAAAAUCGACUUAACGGACGCCUUUCUCCAAGUCGAAAUCGAUCCUCAAUACAGACCGCUACUUACCAUAAAUACGCAUAGAGGCUUGUACCACUACAACCGCCUACCGCCCGGCAUCAAAGUUGCUCCUGCUGCCUUCCAGCAACUUAUGGAUACAAUGCUCGCAGGGCUUAAGGGCGUAUCAGGAUAUCUUGACGAUAUCAUCGUAGGAGGAAGUAGCGAGCAUGAGCAUGACACAAAUUUGGCAGAAGUAUUACACAGGCUUCAAGAAUAUGGAUUUACGAUACGAGCCGAUAAAUGUGCUUUUAAACAGCAGAAAAUCACGUACCUUGGACACGUGAUCGAUAGCCACGGACUACGACCAGAUCCGUCAAAAAUCGAGCUUAUAAAGAAGCUCCCUGAACCGAAAGACAUAUCCGGUGUGAGAUCAUUUCUGGGAGCAAUUAAUUAUUACGGGAAGUUCAUCCCGAAUAUGAGGAAGCUGCGAUAUCCGUUAGACAAUUUGCUUAAGGCAAAUAAUUCAUUCUGCUGGACGCCAGAAUGCAAAAAGUCGUUCGCAACGUUCAAGUCUCUCCUAUCGUCCGACCUACUUCUAACGCACUAUGAUCCACGGCAGAAGAUAAUCGUUUCUGCAGACGCUUCGUCCAUCGGCCUUGGCGCAACGAUUAGCCACGUGUAUCCUGGAGGUGCAAUGCGCGUAAUUCAACAUGCUUCCCGCGCCCUCAGUGAAGCAGAGCGUCAUUACAGCCAAAUCGAUCGCGAAGGCUUGGCUAUCAUCUUCGCUGUAAAAAAGUUUCAUAAAAUGAUCUUCGGCAGGCGUUUUGUUCUUCAAACGGACCAUCGACCUCUUCUUCAUAUUUUCGGCUCGAAGAAGGGUAUCCCGACCGUCACCGCAAACCGUUUGCAGCGUUUCGCACUCACUCUUCUAGCGUAUGAUUUCAGCAUAGAGUAUGUACGCACCGAUGACUUCGGAAACGCUGACUUGCUUUCGCGCCUGAUCAACACACAAGCCAAACCUGAAGAAGACACCGUGAUCGCAUGCAUAGAAACAGACAUCAAAGCAAUGGUGGUAAGUGCGCUUCAUAACACUCCACUUCAUUUUGCAGACCUUAUCAGAGAAACACGGAAAGACCCCCUACUGCAAAAGCUCGUGCAUUACAUACGUGAAGGAUGGCCCAGUAAUGCAACCUACACAGGGGAAUUGUCUCGUUUCUUUGCACGUAAGGAUGCUUUAUCAACCGUUGAUGGUUGUAUUUUGUUCGGGGAGAGGGUGGUGAUUCCUCGAGUUCUACAACAGCAAUGUCUGCAACAAAUACACCACGGUCAUCCUGGCAUACAACGGAUGAAAGCAUUGGCCAGAAGCUACCUUUAUUGGCCAUCCUUGGACGCUGACAUCACAGAAUGGGUCAAAACAUGUAACGCGUGCCAAGCAGUUGCACGAUCACCCCCUCACUCAAGCCCCGUUCCUUGGCCAAAAGCUGCAGGUCCAUGGCAGCGCAUUCAUGUGGACUAUGCUGGUCCACUAGAUGGAGAUUUCUACCUCAUCGUAGUAGAUUCGUUCACGAAAUGGCCUGAAGUAUUUCGAACGAGCAGCACUACAUCCGCAGCAACCAUCGGCAUCUUACGCGGAAUAUUCGCCCGGUUCGGUGUUCCAACCACUCUAGUAUCUGAUAACGGUACGCAGUUUACGAGCGAAGAUUUUAAGUUUUUUUGCUUCCAGAACGGCAUCGAGCACAUAACGACGGCACCCUAUCAUCCGCAGUCUAACGGGCAGGCUGAAAGGUUCGUUGAUACUUUCAAGCGGACCGUUAAGAAAAUAUCAGCCGAUGGGAGAACGAUGCAAGAGGCGCUGGAUGCAUUCCUACUGUCCUACCGAAGUACUCCGAGCUCCGUGUUAGAAGGGCUAAAAUCACCAGCGGAGAUAAUGUUUGGCAGACCAAUGCGUACAACCUUAGACCUAUUACGUCCACCACUCGCAGGAGGGUUAACAGACAGUCCAGUAGCAGCUAAACGCAGGGAAUUUCGCUCGUCCGACCUGGUAUAUGUUAAGUGUUGUUCUCGCAACGGUUGGAGUUGGACAGCUGGGACCAUUGUUAGCCGCAUUGGAAACGUAAUGUACACCGUUAGGACAGUCAAUAGAAAGACCAUAAGAAGCCAUGUGAACCAGCUGCGCGAGCGCCGUGAACGUCAUCAUCAUCGUCAUCGUGAAUCAUCGGAGUCUGACGGUUUACCGCUAGAUAUUCUUUUGGAUUCCUACCACCUUACUCCGCAACCGACGACAUCAACAGCCGAACCAUCAUCAGCAUCGCUACAGCAUACUACAUCUACACACACGAGCGUAUCGUCUGCAUCACACCCACAAACGUCAGCAGUCAUCGAUCCGCGUACGGCCUCAAACGCGGAACCGCUGCAUCCAACGAAUUCCCCAAUUCCGGUACAAGCUCCAACCCGAGAACCACGUCGCUCUUCUAGGCAUAGAAGACCGCCCAGUAGGUUCGACCCGUACAGGCGUUUUUAAAAGAGGGGAGAUGUUGGGUGCGUACGUGCAGGGUACUCACGCGCCCUCUCUGCGAGAUGUUUUCUCUCGUCGGUUGAUGGGCACGAGUGUCCUAGCGAGAGACUCGUCCCGAUCCGCGAUCCCGAUUCUUACUCGUUACACGAUCGGGAUGCGAGCGGCAGUCGGGAUACAGCUAGCAACGAAUGUGGUGUGGUGUCAGUAACAAGGCGGAAAUAAAUUAAGUUUAUUUAUCUAAUCUAAUUUACGUUGUGUCGUAAACACUUAUUCGGCCACAUAUCACACGGCAACGUAAAACACACUCACUACUUUUUUCAGUUUACUGACACUGCGAUUUCACUUCCUGCACUGCUUUACGGGUACUUUAUACUUGUACGCAACGAUGUGUUUUUGCUAACUUUUAAAACUCAUGCCUCUUUUAGAGCGCACUCGGAACGUUUUCAUUUAUUUCCCGCGUUUGGUGUUACCUUAUGCCUCAAACUGCAUUACUCGCACUUUGUUAAAAAUCGAUUAAAGAUCACUUUAUUGCUUAUUAGAUUAUUGGGGCACUGUAUAGAGUUCUCGCGAUAAUGGUUAUGUGGUAAAAACUGACACCGUUCUUUCUUUAACCUUUUUUUUCUACUGUAUUUUUUUCCACGCACCGCAUUUUGCGUAUAACUUUUUCUACACAUCACUGCACUUUUAUUUUUAUUUUUCACUGCACUUUAACGUUCUUGUAGCUUUGUUUUUGCUACUCUGUCACGGUCGCCAUGUGGUAGGUUCGGCCGCGCUUCUCAAACCGUUUCGGUGAGUCAAUGCGCGGAGCGCAGUGAAAGGGGUGUGGGACGAGGAAGGGGAUCGUACGGAACGCGACACCAAAAUGUAAACACAUUUGUCGCGUAUCGGUUACGUCAACCUGUUCACACUUACGCUAAGUUCGAAAAGAAGCACUUGCUUACGUCGGCAGAAUCGCGGACUGGAUCGACCUUGCGCGUCGAGUUGAUGACCGAGGCGAAAUCGGACACCGUGGGAGAAGUUGGGUGGAACUAGUGCAAACGUGCACUUUAUUUCGAUGAGGGUAAUGCUGAUCGAUCAACUGACUGAACAGCUGAUAACCAAAAAUGAUUAUCAAAUUGAGCAGAGCCUUCGGCGGAAUAUGCAAAUUGGUGAGAUGCACCAGAACACGAGUGAUCUACGUGUCUAUGGAAGGUGAACUGACUUCGCCAUCAAUUCGAGCUUUAUUUAUAAGAAAGAUGGUGUGAAAGUUGUGACACAUUUGGCAACCAGAUGUUUUUCAAAUGUGAACUUUCAU